AUGGCCUCCUUCCUCGCCUUGGAUAACUACUCCACUGUCCUCGCGUUCAAUGUUGUGCUCCUCCUCAUUGUAGCUGGCUGGCACAUUAGAAAGCGACACAGGAAUGCCCACCUUCCUCCCAGCCCGCCGUCCGACCCUAUCAUCGGGCACUAUCGUAUUUUCCCCCGCUCAUACCAGGCCGAGGCAUUCUUUGAAUGGUCGAAGAAAUACGGGGAUAUCUUCUACCUGGAGAUCCUCGGUCGCAAGAUCGUCGUCGUCAACAACUAUGAGAUGGCAAACGAACUGAUGGACAAGCGCAGCGCCAACUACAGCGACCGCCCGGUGUUCCCGCUCUUCAUGAACCUUGGCUGGGGAGUCAGUGUGACGUUCCUGAAGUAUGGUCCGCAAUUCUUCAAACAGCGCCGCAUCCUGCAGCAGUACCUUGCCAAGUCUGAAGUUGCGCGCUUUCGUCCGAUCCAUACGGAAGAAGCCCGCAAGAUGCUGAAACAUCUCGUUGAACGCCCGACAGAUUUCGACUGGAUGGUCCGCCGGUUUGGAGCGGCCGUGAUUAUGAAGAUAGCAUAUGGUCACCAGAUUGAGCGCGAUGAUGACGAGUACAUCAAAUUAACGGAGAACGUUUCGCUGGCGCAUGUGGAUGCGGGAGACCCUGGCACGGCACCGGUCGACUUCUUCCCGAUCCUCCAGUACUUGCCAUGGUGGUUCCCGGGCUGUUGGUUCAAUCGGGUCGUCCACAAUUGGAGCUGGGCUAUCAAGAAAUUCCAUAAUUAUCCAUUUGAGCAAGUCCAGCGGCAGAUGGCUGAAGGCCACGCCCCGCCGUCGUUCCUAUUGACGUACCUGGAAGAUUUUUCUAAACCUGACUACAAGGGCGAACACAGUCUGGACGACCUCAAACACGCCACCGGCGCAAUUUACGCCGGCGGAGCCGAGACCACCUACUCCACGAUCAACACGUUCAUCCUCGCCAUGGUUUUGCACCCCCACGUGCUGAGGAAGGCUCAAGAGGAGAUAGAUAGGGUAGUUGGCCCCAAUCGACUGCCCGACUUCGAUGAUCGCGAGAGUCUCCCUUACAUCGAAGCCAUCUUCGCAGAGGUGCUAAGAUGGCGCCCUGUAGUCCCGCUCGGCAUUCCCCACAGCACCCUGCAGGAUGAUACGUACAACGGCAUGUUCAUUCCUAAAGGCACUAUGGUUUUCGCAAACGCCUGGUCCAUGGCCAUGGACACACGUGUCUACCACGACCCUGAAGUGUUCAAGCCUGAACGUUUCCUGCCUGGACCGCAUGGUCCCCCUGAGCAGUUUCCUCACGCCUCGUUUGGUUUUGGUCGCCGCAUCUGCCCUGGUCGUUUCCUGGCCAUGGGGAGUGUCUGGAUGGCGAUCGCGUCGCUCUCAGCUACCAUGGAUAUUCGCAAGGCGAAGGGACCCGACGGCAUCGAGAUUACGCCCAAGGGGGAGUACACGUCCGGGCUGUCCAGUUUCCCGAAGCCGUUCCCGGCCGACAUUCGCCCUCGCUCUGAGCAGGCACGCCGCCUAAUAUACAGUUACGUCUGA